GUCUUUCUCCUUAACUGUCUUACUCCGUAUCUUCUCAAUAUAAGCCUCUUCAUCUGCGCAUCUAUAUCUUUUGUUGCUUUCUUUCAUUCUUUUCAUCGCGACUUCUAUACUCGUUACAGGACAACUUAAAAGAGGAGGACAUUGACCCCCAAAGACCUCUUAAGAGAGGAGCGACACUACGGAUAGAGCUAGAGCCCACUCAAGGGUCCUUUGCUGCUGGGGGCUUGCCGUAAGAAUCUUGGACGGUUCUAAAGAAGAUGGUAUUAACACACCAGGAAAGACUGCCUGCCUCCGACAACAAAUUUCCCACCACUCAGCUCCUCCUACUAGCAAUAUGUCGCGUCGCGGAGCCUAUCGCCUUGACCUCCAUCUUCCCAUACUCGUGGGUGAUGGUUAAGGACUUUAAAAUCGCCAAUAGCCAUGACGCAUCUCUUUACGCCGGUAUUCUCAUCUCCGCGUUUUCCCUCGCUGAAGCGCUCACUGGCAUGCUCUGGGGAGGUCUUUCAGACCGCAUUGGCCGCAAACCCGUUCUCCUCUCCGGCUGCUUUGGUACCAUGCUCUCCCUUCUCAUGGUAGGCUUUUCUACAAACUUCUGGGUUGCCCUCUUCGGAAGAGCAUUGGGAGGCGCGCUGAAUGGAAACAUUGGCGUUAUCCAGACAAUGGUGGGAGAACUAGUUAAACGGCCAGAACAUGAACCUCGAGCUUAUGCCGUGAUGCCGUUUGUCUGGUCAAUUGGAACCAUCAUCGGGCCAGCCAUAGGGGGUUUGCUUGCAAAACCGGCUGAAGGGUUUCCCUCUGUUUUUCCUCCCGAUGGCCUCUUUGGCAAAUUCCCAUAUCUUUUGCCAAAUCUCGUCUGCUCUAUCUUACUUGUGUUUAGUAUCAUCGGCAGUUGGCUGUUCCUCCGCGAAACCCAUCCCGAUAUGCAAUCGGGAAGCGAUGUCUCUGUUGAGCAGGAUUACACCUCUCCUCUUCUAGCGACCGCUGGUGCCACCGCCAACCCCAGUGCUGAUCUACGAGCCGAAUCUUACGGCACCUUCAAUGAGGUCCACCUGCACGAGGAGAACGGCUGGACGGUGUUUGCAGAUGGAACAAAAUGCGAGUCAGGCGUACGCAAGCCAGUCGCGUUUACAAGGCCGGUCGUUAUGCUGGUGGUUGCCCUGGCCAUCUUUACGUAUCACUCGAUGACCUACGACCAUCUAUUGCCUAUCUUCCUGCAGGAUAAAAAUACCCGAAACUCCCCUGGCGUUGGCACUACUUCCGAUUUUAGCAUUCCCGGUGGCGUGGGUUUGUCGACUCGGACGGUUGGUGUGAUCAUGUCUUCAGACGGAAUCAUCGCCUUGAUCAUUCAGAGUGUCAUCUUUCCGGCUUUGGCUCAGUGGCUCGGAGUGUGGAAGCUUUUCGUUGUGGUCACGAUCCUGCAUCCGAUCGCCUAUUUCAUGGUUCCAUUCUUGGUUUUCCUCCCGCAGCAACUCCUGUUCGUCGGUAUCUACACUUGUCUCGCCGUGCGCAACAUUCUUUCGAUCAUCGACUAUCCGGUGCUUUUGAUUCUCAUUAAGCAAGCGAGUCCUUCUGACGCGGUCCUGGGAAAAAUUAAUGGUCUUGCUGCUUCUGCUGGGGCCGCUGCGCGCACUGUCGCUCCUCCCGUUGCCGGUUGGCUUUACAGUACCGGUUCUGAAUUCAAUUUCACGGGCCUUGCAUGGUGGGGAAGUUCUCUGGUUGCAAUGAUCGGUGCUAUGCAGCUCUGGCUUAUCGAGCGGAAGAAGAACACCUCAGCCAUGGUACACCCGGUUGCUCCUUGCCAUUACGAUGCCCACAAGGAGACUAUCCAUAUCGUCGUGACCGAUGCUGACACGGGCUCGGAGCAAAGUGCAUAAGGAGAUGCCCAACGACAAAACGAAUAACAAUGUUUACGUUCGACUUUAUUUAUCUUUUCUCGUCAAAAAGUUAAUUGUUUCUAUGUUUAUAGGUGGGCUUCAGUAUAGCUUGCAUGGGGUCUGUUUCUUGUUGGUACUUUUUACUGGCGUUUGCAAAUGAGCAUGGAGUUUGGCAUCUGGUCUGUUAACAUACUGGCUCAUCGGUUUCUACAACUAUACAUAGUCUCUUAAUGAGAUAUCCUUGAAAGUCUAAUCUCAUUACUAGCAUAUAGCGGAAACUUUAGGGCUUUCCCACUGGC